GCGAGAUCUACUAAGCGAGAUCGAAACGUUCAGCUCGAAGCGUUCCCGGAGAAUUAUCACGCAAAUCUUCAGAAGAUCAGGGCUGUUGGGAUACAACAUUGGCCCGAUAUACAUCGCCGAAGAAUCGAGGCUGCCAUCACCCGCAUCACAAACGCUAGCUGGAGGAGAGAAAAUCUUCUAAGGGAGAGAGCGAUUGCAAUGGCUCCAAUUCAGGUGAACCCGCCCAGCCUUGCUGCACGUCUGAAGGCUAAAAAGAGCGGGAACAAGGAUCGGGGCCCUUCUGCUUCUCGGCCCGAGCAUUCAGAUCGGGCGCCGGUAGUUCAAGAGGAGGUCAAGGCAGUUUCCCAACGAGACGCAAACCUCGAGUCUGUUGCUGAAGGUGGGGUCGAGACUCAGAUCGCUGAGGAUCAAGUGGCAACUCGGCAAGCAGAUGACGAAGCCGAUGAAGCCACACAGUCGGCGAGGCGUGAGGAGAAGAAGCAAAAGAAGAAGAAGCACGAGGAGAAGAAACAGAGGAAAGAGGAGAUCGAGGCCGAUCGCCUUGCUGAGAAGGAAGAGGUUGCCAAGGCCAAGGCGAAAGAGAAAAGGAAGAAGCCAUCUGGAGAGGGCAACGAUGGCGGUCAAGUCGGAGGCGAGGAGGCGAGCAAAUGAACUAAGGUCGAUCCAGCUGGUGAUGACAAGGCCAAGGAGAUCGAUUGGAGUUUUUCGUUCGAGUACCCCGAGUUGAGCAAACCGUUUGUCAACAACGUCGACAAAUGUGCUGAGCUGUUCGGGAUGAUAAGGGGCUCCACCUCCGAGGUUCCUGCUGGCACCGAUGGGGCUUUUAAGGACAUGGCGAGCUUCGCCUUCAAGGUAUGUCUGGAAUUCUUAACACUUUUGUUCGUGGUCUAUCUGUGAGGUCGACUAAAAUAGUUCCUUUUAUCAUUAUUUUUUUUUAGUUCAUAGCGAGCUGCAACCGCGCAAGGGGACAGUACAUGCGCUGGCUCCGAAAUGGUGAUGCUCGGCUGAAAAAUGCCCAGGCUGCCGGUGAAAAGGCAGUGAAAGAGCGUGACAUUUCUAUCAAGCAGCGAAGUGUCGCCGAGGAUAAUUGGCAGAAUAUG